AUGUCAACUACUACAAAAACAGCUUCUUCGCAGCCUACCGUAGAGUUGACAGAUUUAGAUCUGCAGCAGUUGGCAGAAAUUAAGAAACAGCUGGAGGAAGAAUUAUCACAUUUGACGAAUUCUUUUGCACAAUUGAAACAAGCGCAGAACAAGUUUCAGGCUUGUAUUGUUAGUGUAGAUGCGGUGAAAUCUGGGAAUGCGGAUGCCGAAAAAGUGAUUGUUGAUGUUGGUACCGGAUAUUAUGUAGAAAAGUCUACCGAUGACGCAAUCAAAUUCUUUACAGAUAAAGUAGAAUAUGUAAAAAAGAAUUUGGAGUCACUGCAACAAACCAUCACUACAAAACAAAACAAUUUACGAGCUACUCUUGAUGUGAUGCAAAUGAAAAUUUCCCUGGGAUCAGCUGCUGCUGGUGCAAGUGCACCUAAAUAG